AUAAUUCACUAAUACUUAUCGCGCCUCAAACCUGAAUUCCUUGCUACCGGCGGAAACUCCGCAAUAUGCAAGUCAUGUGCGAAUCUAGACUCCCAAAAAUUCACUUGGGAUUAAACUAGUUAAACUAGUUAGUCCUCACAUGCUUGUAGCUGACUGACAUCAUUGACUAAAAAUAUCGGUCUUCAUCUAGUGGCUCUUGUCAUUACCCCAGAUCUACAUAAAAUAAAGGACAUUAUGUUCAAGAUCAAAGAACUGGUGAACCUGGGCUUCUUCACCAUUCUGGGUUUUGAGACUUGUAUAUACUCCAAUUAGUCGUCAUAUGUAAAGAUAUUCUUAUCGAAACAUAUUCAAGAAUAUACUAAUGAUACUUUAGUAACAAGUAAUAAAAACAAAAGAGGGUGUUGGUUCCAACUCUAAAAAGUAACCGAACUCGGUAUAAGCUUUGUGCUUUACCCCUUUUGGUUUUGACUAAGCGAUCUUUAUGGGGUAGCGUUAAUUAGAAUGUGAUUUGUGAUGAGCGGGGAAGUGAUCGAAGGGACCGUUUUCUUGGUGCUGGAUAGUUUAAACGGUCCAAACUAUGUAAGGGAUGGCGAAUUGAUAGAGGGAAAUAUAUAAAGGAAGCCUUUAGUCCCGUGCUCUUGUUUGUUUGUUUUUUUGACGUGUGUUAAUUCGACCUAUCAUUUCGAGGAUCAGAAUAAUAUUGAGAGUUUGAAUGGAGACUUUACGAUUGAAUAUUUCAAAUAAACACAAUUGGAUUUACUUCAAAUUCGGAAAAAUAUCUUGGCUCUAUCAUCGACAAAAUGUAUAUUCCAUUACCAGAAAGUACCAGUCCUUCGCCCAGCGAAAUCAUCAAUCAUGUUGGAAAUGAAGCCAUAAGAAUUAUGGGCACUGUACUUCCACAGACAACACAUCAAUACUCAGAUAUUAAUCUCCAUAGUCGUUCUGAGAAAAUCACAUCAGACAAAAAGAGAGAUGCUAGUAAAAUGUGGUUAAUAAUCAUACCAGUCAUCAUAAUAGGCGUUGCUACUCUCCUUUCUUUAACCUGUGCAAGCAAUCACAAGAAAAGAACUAUCGAGGAGGAAAUAAGUGAGUCGUCGUCUCCUCAAAGAUCACUAUCAAGAUCACAAACAAAUGAUGCUACAAGUCCACGACUAUAUUCUUCACAUAAACCUAGUUCGGGUCGACCCACUGGUGAGAUGGGAGCAGCGAGAGCUGCAUUAGGUGCUACGAUUAAUCCACCCACACCUCCACCUCCACCUCAACAGAUGGAGCAAGAACCCCCGAGACAUGGACGACCAACUGGUCAAAUGGGUGCAGCGAGAGCGGCGUUGGGUGCUACAAUUGAGCCUGGAAUUACUGGACUUGGGACUCAAAAUGUUCCAAUACAAUGGGAUCAAGGAUGUGCAAUUACCCGGCCCGAAGGAGCAAGAAUGAAUAAUGAUAGAUCUCUUCGUUUUCAAGAGAGCUAUCUAUCAACUGAAUACGGUACGCGAGAUAUUUCUCGUCCUACUCAAGAACAAGAAUCUGUGUAUUCAUUACGACCUGGUGAGAAUACGGUGCAGAUGAUGCAAAGAGUCGAUGAGGAAUUACAUCAAGCUGUUUCUCGCUAUCCUGUCUUUGCAAACUCUGUACCUGGGGUACCAUCACCCAUUGAACGAGAAUCUAUAAGGGAAACCCGAGAAACCCGAGAAACUCGUCCAAUGACUCUAGACGAGCAAGUAAGUCGACAAGUCGCUUCAUUUCCUAUAUUCCAGCAAAAUUCAAGGAAUCAGCCUGCGAUUGCCACGGGAAAUAAUGAAGGAGAACACAGAGAGACAACAACAAAUACAACGAGAAAUUAUGACGAAUUAUGGAGGGAAGUAGCGACACUUCCUAUGUUUGAGAAUACGCCUACUUAUCGAUCGAUGCCGACGAGGAGACCUGAUCCGACUACUGCGGGGUUUGUGACACCGCCGCCGGCGUAUGAGCAUGUGCCGGAGUAUGGGGAGGAUGAUGGGAUUGGUGCUCGAGAUGGGUAUGGGUCAGGGUCAGGAAGUCAAGGUGCAAAUGUUAGUUAUGAGGGGAAUGUUGGACUUGCUCCUUCUGUUUUGCCUCCGGCCUAUGUUAGGUAUGAGCGGAGGGGGUGAAUUUUGGAGUUUGAAAUUUGGAAUUUGGGCGUUAUGGAGGUUUUGGUUUGGGGGUUAUUGGUUGGGAACCUGAUAGGAUUAUGGAAUAGAUGGGGAGAUUGUAGGUUUUUGAGCAUUCGGAGAGAUAGGUCUAUUGGGAUGUAUAGGAACGUCUAGAGGACAAGAGUAUUAUAGUCUAGAGGAAACUCAUGCAGAGACUCGCAACAGUCAGGGGAUGGUGGAAGUUGGGAUCAUGGAGAUUCAGAACCUUGUUCUAAGUAUAAUGGAAUUAGUCUUACAUACUCUUUAAACCACAAUUUGGAAACUCCCACAGCAAGUUGAUGUCCAAUAGUCCGAAUCGUAGUCAGGAUCUCAAAGUUUUGAGCUUUGAUAAGAGUUUGGAAAACUGAAGGGAUUGAAUUUUCUGAAAAGUUUCAAUUUUCCAGAUGGUAAGGUUAUAAAUGGACCAAAAAAUUCAAAA